AUGAUAGGAUCCUCAGUUAUGUGGGGGUGCGUGGCCGCUGUUAUGCUGUCAGCUAUACAAUCGCUUGGAAUAACACUACAGCGAAAGUCUCAUAUUAUACCAUAUGACCAUGAGCUCUCUGAAAAUUCAGUGGUGAAUUUACGCAGAGACAGUUCCGUAUCUAUCGAUUACGAGUCCACACACAAGACUCAUAACUACAGGCGAAAUAUCUGGCUACUUGGAUUCUCUAUGUUCAUUUUUGCAAACAUCUUUGGGUCAUUAAUACAGCUUACUGCCCUACCACUUAUAAUCUUAUCUCCAUUGCAGAGUAUAGGUCUCAUAUUCAAUUCCAUUUUUAGCUGUACGCUUUUGCCCGGUGAAAAAUUUACCAAAAAAUUAGCUGGAGGUACAGUGAUAAUUGCAUUGGGAGCCUUUUUUAUUGCAUUCAAUGGGAAUAGCAUAGCUCAGCCUCCUUUGGAUAUUGGUGCUGAUGAGAAAUUUCAAAGAGUUCUUGACAAAUUUGCAAGACCUGGUUUUCUCACAUGGUGGUCGCUUACCUUCAUUGUCAUGGCUAUUUUAGUACGUGUGAACUGGUUAAUCUCUGUCAAAAUUAAGUUUCUUCAAUCAAAGCCACACAGAAGAACGAGAAGGUUAUCAAGGACAAGCAAAGAUCCUCUAUCACGCCUCGUCUUCACCAGGGGGAUACUUUAUGGUCUUGUGAGCGGAACACUCACAGCCCACACUUUCCUUUUCGCGAAGUCCAUAGUAGAUGUCAUAUUCGAAAUGAUUCUGGAACGCGUAACACCUAAGUGUGUGUCGACGUAUGUGAUAGCUGUCUUUCUUUUGAUUGCCACACUUUGUAUCGUUGUCAUGCAACUAGCAGCAUUCAAUUUGGGUCUAUCAAAUAUCCUGACAGCAAUAUUGUAUCCGUUGUGUUUUUUGGUGUACAAUUUAGUCAACUUGUUCAACGACAUAUUCUUCAACACGUUGUUCAGUACUGGCGGAAUGGAUAUCUCUCAAUUCAUUUAUGUGCUGAUCGGACUUUCAGGGGUGUUAUAUGGCGUGGUUUUGAUCAGCUGGGAUAGUGCUUGUGGCAAGCCUGAAGUAUCAUCAGAUGACACCCAGCCUCUCUCGGUCACUAAAUUUCCAUACGAACACAAAGAAGGAGAGAACAGAGUUUUUUCCUACGAAGAAAGCGAAAUUAUCAGCCAAUUCAGCUAUAUUAACCACGACCCAAACUUGGACGGAUUUGUGGGUCUGUGA